CUGAUAGAUAGGGGGGUAGGUCUGCAACACCCAUUUAAAAACUGUCAGUAACUAAGGUAUAUAUAUUUUCUGACAAGGGCAAGGUAUGGCCUCCAGAAGCGCAGGGACUCUCAUUACACACAACAAUGCAACCUACAGACCACCAGCUCUCAUGCCCGGAUACCGCGGCUAUGUGCCAACUGCAAAGUUUACGUAUGGUGACACAUAUGGAAACACCACUCUGAAGAGCUUUCAGGAUUUUCGUUCUCACGUAUUAAAGACAAGCCAGAGCCCGUACAGCACUGGAGGCCACUACCCAACAAUGUACUCUCAUGACCCCUCACUGGUGAUCGCCAGCAGAUCCCGGGACAGAGACAGGAUGCUUCUUGCCCCAUACGUGUCCAAAAACAAUAUGGAUUCCGACAGGCAGCAGGUGCUUACACAGUUUGAAAAGAUGGCUCAGAAACACAUGGUCAGCUACAAUGACAAAACUGGAACAGUGCAGCCGGUGAAGUACUUCAUUCUGCCCAUCGGUGAGGGAGAAGGGUUCCCACAGCGUCAAGAUAUGUAUCUUGGUUCUCAAUAAUUUCUGAAAAUAAGAAUGAAAAACAAGAUCGGGUGGUGAAUAUCGUCAAAAUAUCAUCAAAAAGAAAAAAUGCUGAAAAUUGCUGUUGAAAGCCAUAGCAUGAAAAAAAAUCUCUAACAUUUAUAAAGGGAACUGACAAAACAUUAAACAACAAAAAAAACACUUUUAAAUUACAAUUACUAAAAGAAACUUACAUUCUAUGACAAACGUUUUGACUAGAAGUCGUUUUAUAUGACUUCCAAUCAAAACAUUUGUCAUUCAAUUUAAAAGUUUAAUUUAGUAAUUCUAAAUUCAGUACUAUAUUGUGUUUAAUAGUUAUAGAGUCUUAAAAAAACCAGAAGCUUUCAAGCUUUGUGAAAAGGUCCUGAUAAUGCAUAUACAGUGCAUUACAUUAAAAAUAAGCAGACAUAACAGGGCAUCCCCAAGCUUACAAUUAACUUUUACAUGCAAUUUCCACUUUCAUCUUUGUGAAAAUGUCAAAAUCACAUGUUUUUGUGUAACAUCAUUACUGUAUAACAUCAUGGUAUAUACCGUACCUGUACCAGUGUUUUAUGCAAUUUCCAUGGUUGUUUAUGAAAAAAUCCAGAAUUCAUGUUUUUUUUUUGUAUCUCAUGUUCUUGUUUUCAAAAAUGCCUCACAGCCACAAGUUAAAAAAAAAAGUAAGAAAAAAAAAAAAAAAGUACACAAACAAUUGCAUCUGAACAUCUUAAACUCAAAUGAUGUUCAUACCUGUGAUGAAAGUAUGAUUUUAUUUCUACAGAAUAUUGAACAAUUGUUCAGACAAGUGUGACUGCAGCUUGGUCACAUUUGCUUCUCUGCUGUGUUUUGUUGGACUGUAUAUCGAAGCUACUGUCAGGAUCCUGUACAUGAUUCCGGUGGUACAGGUUUUUUUCAAUCUAAUCGUAAUCAAUUCUAGUUACACUUCAAUCGUCAAUACUGAAUUGAUUCUAAAUUUAGUAAAUUGUAUAUCAAAGAUGGCCAUCAUUUUGGGAACAGCAGCAUACAUAUAUACUAUUUAACUGUAUUGAAAAUUGUGUGUAAUAGUUUCUCUUAAGUGUGACAGCAGCAUUAUAAAGGGGGAGCACUACAAUGUACUGUAUGUACAUGGGAAAAUUUAAUUGUUUGGGUAUGCCAUAUAAUAAUGAUGAGUUUUUGAAAAUCAUGGAUGUUAUGCCUCUAAUAUCAGUUUGUUCCUCAAUAAAAAUUAUGUAU